AUGGCGGAAGCUAAUGUUCAAAGGAAGAUAGUUGGUGGCUUUUCUUGCUGUGUGCCUGGUUGUUUCAACAACUCUAAGAAAGACAAAGGUCGCCUGUCGUUUUAUGUGAUCCCGAAGGACAAUGAACUUCGAAAACUUUGGUUCCACAAGAUUUCCAGGCAAGGUUUUAAGCCCAAGAAAGAGCAGAUUUCUGGCUUUCGAGUGUGCUCUGAGCACUUCGAAGGAGGUGCAAAAACAUACAGUGUUAAUGUGCCCACUAUCUUUCCGCUAUCAAAGUCUCAUGUCACUGCACAAAAAGAGCCAAGAAGAAAACUGAAUCGACACACAAUUGAUAGCUCAAGCGUCGAAGAAAAUGCGAGAGAAAGUUCAUGUAGUAUAAAGCUUACUACAAACAAGAUGGAUGAUUCUAACUGCGAGGUCAGUGAACAGGAGAAGAUAGCAAUGCUAGAGGAAAAACUGAUGUCUUUAGAUCUCGAGAGAAAGCAGCUUUUGGCAAGAAUAGAUAUAGAACGAUUUGGAGUCGAACGAUUCCGCAUGUCUGAUUCAGACAUGCUCUAUUACACAGGAUUAGAAAACUACGAGUUUUUCAAGGCUUUAUACGAAUUUCUGGAUAGUGACUGUGGUGCAAUCUCAAGGCUUAAUUUCUGGGGAUCUAAUAAUUCAUCUCUACAGUUUCAAGAUACAGAUAAAUGUGGAAAGAAACGCUCUCUAAUUCCAGCUGAUGAACUAUUUCUGACACUUAGUCGCUUGAGAGUAAACAUGGCUGAAAAAGUGCUAGCUGACCAGUUCAGAAUAAGUGUUUCAGAGGUUUCUAGAAUUUUUGCAACUUACCUUGAUUUUAUGUACACAAGAUUUAUUCAGUUGGAUAUAUGGGCUUCAAGGGAAACCAUUGAUAAAACCAUGCCUGAGAGUUUUAGAGUUGAGUAUCCUUUCACCAGAAUAAUUCUUGACUGUACAGAAUUAUUUAUCCAGAAGCCUUCAUGUUUUAGAGCUCAAAGUGAGACAUACUCUACCUAUAAGAGUCACAAUACUGCUAAAGGACUUAUUGGAAUUGCACCUUAUGGAGCAGUUACUUUUGUUUCUGAUCUGUUCGGUGGACAUGCAAGUGACAAGGAGAUAGUGGAAGCAACUGGAAUUCUUGAUAAAUUUGAAGAAGGCGAUUCAGUCAUGGCUGAUCGGGGUUUUGAGAUUCGAGAUUUACUUAUGGCACGUGGCUGCUCUUUGAAUAUCCCUCCAUUCAUGCGCUGCAAAGACAGAUUGGAUCCAGAAGAAGAAACAGAAACAAGAGAAAUAGCUGCUGUGAGAAUACAUGUUGAGAGAGCUAUUGAACGCAUCAAGAAUUAUAACAUUUUAAGUCAGAUUAUUCCAAAUUCAAUGGCUGAAGACCUUAAUAAGAUAUGGAAAGUAUGUUCUUAUUUGACUAAUUUUAAGGGCAACCUUGUAACCUGA